UUUUGUUGUGAUUUUGGUUUCCUUUGGCCACAGCGAAGUGCCAAAGCUUUUCUUACGUGAGUAACCGUACACGUUUGCGACUCGCAAGCAAGCAAAAGGCCACCUUGUCCGUCUCUUCCAACACCGCAAAUCCACAGAGCAAUAACAAAAACCUUCAACCAUCAACCAUCCCACCGAACUAAACCCUUCGAUUCGCAUCAAUUCUUGGCCAUUAGCAUACACUUUCUAUCUUUGAUUAAAAAUACCACCUUUCUUUUUAUUAUGGGCAAGAGAAAGCGAACUUCUUCUCACCACAACGCUUCCCAUCUUCAUCCUUCUUCCCCGGACAACAUGCCAUGCUCAUCUCGAGUAGAAUUAUUGUCUAGUGAGAAACCUUCUUAUUUCCUUGAAUCUCGUGAAUUAAAGCCUCUUUCACCUGGAAUGGAUGCCACAGAUAGCACCAUGAAGCUGUUGAAUGUGCAUUCUUCUGUUGCACAUCAGCAUUACAAUGUCGGCCAUUCUAUAUCCUUGAAACGAUCACGUCACUACUACGGUCACAAAUACUCUCGGAGGAAUUCAGGGAACCAUGCUAAAGCAUCAACUUCUCAUGGGAAGAUUGCCCCUUUACGUGAUGAGAGACCUCCCUUCAUGUUUUCUGGUUCAGCGUUUGGACACCAAACAGGUAGCAGGGAAAAAGCAUUUGGCAGGCCAGACCGAAUUAGGCUUAGUUCCCUGGUUAUGGAUGCAUCUGAUACAGUGAAGAUUGUAUGUGGGAUUUGCCAGAAGCUGUUAAGACGCAAACCAUAUUUUCUAGGAGAGACGCUCUCUGCGGAAUGUUCUGUUGUGGCUGUUUUAGUCUGUGGUCAUGUUUAUCAUGCAGACUGUUUGGAGCAGAGAACAAGUCUUGAAGAUAAACGUGAUCCCCCGUGUCCAUUGUGCUUGGGCCCUCUAUCUCAAGAGGAUACCACAAGAGAAUAAGUGUAAUGUACAGAUAUUGACUUCACUUUUAUGAUGCUGAUUAUCUAGGAUAAACCACAAAUAUUUAGCUGGAAACUCAGAAACAUAGUUUGGUUAAUUUAGACUAGGGAGACUGCCUUGAGGAUUAUGACUUGCAGUAUUUGGCAGGUCUUAUUGCCCCAUGAAUUUCUCAAUGCAGCACUGUGUAUGUGUGCUUCAUUCUGUAUUAGGUAUAGCAGGAAGUACCAUGUCUUUGUUAACUGAUGGAAGCUAGAAUAUUGACAGUGUAAUAUUGCUAAUAGUUCUCCAGUUUUCUCUUA